CUAAAAGAGCUGCGGUCCACAGCCCCAGCAGUGCCGCUGGCCUCGUGCUUGGAUCUGGGUCUGGAGGAGGAGGAGGAGGAAGGAUACCAGCAAGUGCCUCCUCUUGAAGUGAUGGAAGAGCCACAAUGCCUGAACCCAGACUAUGUGGCGCAACUGAGGAGCUGGCAGCAGGCGGGGAUGCAGAAAGACCGGAAGAUAGAGCGGUUGGAGGAAGAGCUGAGACAGCUCCGUGCCAGCUAUCAAAAGCUGGCCAAGAAGUUCCACCGGCUUUCCAAGGAGAGGGGAACGGAGGCAACCGUGGCAGUGAGAGGAAGAGAGGAGGAGGAGGAGGCAGUGAGAGGAAGAGAGGAGGAGGAAGAUGACGAGCAGCCAGGCACAUCAUAUGUGCCUGACCCUGACCCUGCACCAGUGGCAGAGCCAGCGGCAAAAAUACCUGGCAGGGUGGAAGGCGCGGAAGGCGUGGAGGAAGGCCUGAGAAAAGCGGCUAAAAGGCUCUUUGUAGGGAAGGGCAAAGGGACCUUUAUUCGCCACAUAAAGUUCCCAGAGUCGAUGGGUGGGUAUUACUACAUUUUGGCAGUUGGUAUUAAGUAAAUGUGUUUUUGAUCCAUGUCAUUUUCAUCUCUGCACGUUUGUUUUAUUGAAUGAAAUGUUUAUUGUGAUUUUUUUAACAAAAAAUUACUUUAAACAAUACCAGGCCUUCCACGAGGGCAGCUGUCCCUCUGCAAAACACCGGGAGAAUGCCUUCUCGAAGGUCAGCCGCAUCAGGUCCUUUUUGGCCUUCAUGGCCGGCAAGGACUCCUCCCUGGCAACCUGGCGCUUUUUAGAUAAGGCGGAGCAGAUCAUCCAAUGGCCCAACGUCCUGUCCGCGUCGGGGAAAAACGUCACCACGGCAUACUUUUACCUCAGGAAUGUCCUGCAAUUCAUGGUCUAUUUUAAGGAGACCCCCCCGAAGUUGGCCAGGCUCUCCCAAAGCCAGAUCACUGGUGUGAUCCGGGCCGUGAGACAGGCCAUAAAAUCAAUCUCAAAAAAGAUGUUGGCCCACCAGCUGACGACCAAGGACAAAAAGUUGUCCAAAGUCGUUUCCCAGGAGUCGCUCAGGCGGUGCCAGGUCGGUGCGAGGAAGGCGAUUCCUAAGCUGCUGAAGGAACUCCGGGAGGACUACACCGUCCAGCUCCGGAACGCCUUCUACGGCUAUUACAGCGCCUUCAUUGCAUCAAUUUAUGGGCACCGCCCGGGUGUGUUCAAGAUUAUGACGGUGGCAGAGGUCAGGGGGGCGGCCACUGAGGGCCGGCCUCCCACGGGCUACGUCAUCCGUGUGAAUGAGCACAAGACCUCCAAGGACUUUGGGCCGGCACAGAUUUUCCUGGAGCCGGAGGAGUACGGCUGGCUCCUCAAGUGGCUCCAGGUGAGGGAGACCUGCAAUCCGGCGGGGGACCGGGUGUUCUUCACCCCUGGAAAAGGGCCGUUGAAGAACCUGGUCCGGUAUAUGCAGGAGGCGUGGGCGGAGAUGGGCUUGCCCGGAAAGCCCACCUUCAUUGACCUGAGGACCGCCGUGUCUGCACACGCAAAGAACGUGCACACUCCGGAGGUGCGUAGCAAAGUGGCCAAGUUCAUGUGCCACAAUACCACCACGGCAGACCGCUACUACGCCCUCCAUAUGGACAUGGAGCAGUCGCGUGCGAUGAGGCGGCACUUCGAGGAGGCCUCCACUCUGCCCCACCUUGGUGGCUCACCCUCGUCCCCGCCAAAGGCCAAGAAGGUUUGCCCCGGCAAAGCUACAGCGCAGGAGGAAAGUGAUAGCACUUCGCUGAGCGACGAGGCGUUCCCCUUCCAGGAGUCGGGAGACUCCUGCUUGGAGGAGGAAAGGUGGGAGCUGGAGAUGGAGGAAGAGGAAGAGGGACGGGAGGAGGAAGAGGGACAGGAGGAGCAGGGGGAAGAGGAGGAGGAGGACGUCACUGCGGGGCCAGCAGCAUCUACACCAGUCAAGACACAGAGGGAGAUGUACAUCAAUCUCAUGGUGCGCCUGAGCCCGCUGGAGUCUUCUUUCAAGGCCUCCAGGAGGGCGUUAAGAGCUGCCAGACGGGUAGCUCUUAAAUCCCCAAGAACUGAAAAAAAGAAGUGUUAAAUAAACACUGACUUUGUUAUUUCUAUAUAUAUUUUUGUUUCUAAUAAUAGAUGUGAGAAAUUGGUUUUAUAGUUGAAAGUGUUAUUUAGUGUUUGUGUGCAAAGAAAGUAGUUUUAUAUACAUGUAGUAGUA